AUGAAAGCACUGCUCGUAUUUAUAGCCCAAACUGGUGUCCAAAUCACAAACCAAUGGGAGUCGAGUGAGUCUACGUUGACGUUCGCCUCAUACAGUGCUUACGUGUCGUACGCCUACCUCUCCAUUGGUUUGCGCGCAAAACACAGCGUUUCUAUUGGUGUUCUAACCACAAACCCAUUGAAAGCAAUGCCUCCGCAACCGAGUGGUAAAGCCGUGAAGAAGGCCGGGAAGGCUCAGAAGGCCGUCAGAGCCGGCGAUAAGAAGAAGCACAAGAAGAGGAGGAAGGAGUCCUUCAGUAUCUACAUCUAUAAGGUGCUGAAGCAGGUCCACCCCGACACCGGCGUCUCCUCGAAGGCCAUGUCGAUCAUGAACUCCUUCGUGAACGACAUCUUCGAGCGCAUCGCUAACGAGGCCUCGCGUUUGGCGCACUAUAACAAGCGCUCGACCAUCACUUCCCGGGAGAUCCAGACCGCUGUCCGCCUCCUAUUGCCGGGAGAGUUGGCCAAACACGCCGUCUCUGAGGGAACCAAAGCCGUCACUAAAUACACUUCAAGCAAAUGAGCGCUGUUUUGAUGGCUGUAGUCAACAAACGGCCCUUUUUAGGGCCAAUCAAUCGUAUGACGUCUUGGAGUCAUGUCUUGUUUUACGCCUUUUUUAGAUUGAUUUCUCAUAUUAUUUAUUAACUAUUUUAUGGUUUUUUGUAUUUUUAAACUGAAUUUCAUUAAAAAAUUGUCAUUUCAUUCAUUAA